AUGUUUGACUUCUCGAACUCCCCAUGGACAUGUGACCCGUCAAAGCUACCGGACCUUGAAUCUCAGACGAUUAGAUUGAAGAUGGAGGUCCUGACUUUGGAGAACCCUAAUCGCUGGCACGAAGUCGAGGCUAAACCAGAUAAUCAUAGUCCCCCGCAGGAACUGUGUCGUGAUAGCCAUACUACGUCAAGCCAGCAAGGGCUAUCAACUAAUGAAAACAUACCCAACAUCAGCUUCCCCCAAGGAGUUUCAGGUACCGAACAAGGAACCGUCAUUGGAGCCCAAGACCUGCCGGCCGCAGUUCAGAUCACCAAUAUGUGCGUUUCACUGUCAGCCGUCGGUAUCAACGAGAGCAAUGAGAUGCUUCUCGGGUACGUGACAGACACAAUGCACAGACAUAAUAUUUACCAUCUGCGAAGCAAUGCAGAGAGCGUACGGAACAUACAUUCAAAAUCUCUUGAAGAGCUAUUUGCAAUACUGUCCUCCUCGCCUUCUGAUGUUACUGCUCAAGAAAGCUUCACCUUUCAAGAUCGUUUAAAAAUCGCGGUAGAUCUUGCAUGUGCAGUUCUCCACUUUCACGGGAGCUGGCUCAAAAGAGAGUGGAGAGCUCGAGACAUCAUGGUUUUCAAAGAUCCACGCGUCUCAAAACAUGAACCCGCAUCCAAACCCGCACCCAAACCCGUACCCGUACCCUAUGUUGAGUGGGACCUGAAUAAUGAGCCCAGUCAGGUACAGGUGGGAACACCUUUUAUUCAUUUGGGGUUCGUACUGGUGGAGCUGUCUCAGUGUCAGACCCUGGAGGCGUUAAAGACAGGGGAAGAUCAUGAUGAAGUGCAGAUUGUGGCUAAUCGCAAUACGGCACUCCGCCUUCUACCAUUUGUGGAGGCGAAAAGCGGGCAAAGCUAUCGUCAGGUGACAGAACAAUGCUUGAAUUGGCAGAAUUGUACACUUGACAACGAUAAUGUCUCCAAGGCAGUUCGGUCAAUCAUUGCGCCUCUGGUGGGAUACUGGAGGAUUCUCGAAGGGACAGAACAUCCACACUGA